CUCCAAUUCUGCCUCGUGGUGUCGUUGUGCACCUCUAGUGUGCUUUAUCUGCUUGGACCUUUUGUAGAGACAGUCCCGGAAUUGUGUAAAGUCAUUGCCAUACUCAUCCACUACGCAUACCUGGUCACAUUCAUGUGGAUGGGGGUCAUUGCGUAUGACAUGUAUCGUACGUUUAGUGUUUCUGUUCAGAUAUCAACUAGAGGUCAGAAGCAACUUGUUCGAUAUUGUGUGUUUGCUUUGACUCUCCCUGCAACCAUAGUAGCUGUAGCUUUAAUUAUGGAUAGUGUGGGCGAUGAUGGUUCAUUUAAACCAAAGUACGGUGCAUAUGUAUGUCAAAUCACAAAUCAUAAAGCCAACUUAUUGUUCUUUGCAGGGCCUCUAGCAUGUGUUAUUCUGUUCAACAUUGUCAUGUUUACCAUGACAAUAAUCGCGUUAAUAAAAUCUUGGAAACAAUCAAAUCUAGCCAGAAAUGAUGAUGGAUAUCAUUUUGAUGUGUAUUUUAAGUUGUUUGUUAUCAUGGGAUUUACUUGGAUCUUUGGAUUCAUUGGACCAUUUGUACACGAGGCUUUUAUGUAUGUAUUCAUCGUGUUGAAUGCUUCUCAAGGAGUAUUUCUAUCUGUAGUCUCGGUCUGUACAAAACAGGUAAUCGGGGAACUCACGAACUGCAAUUUUUCAAAACGUUCGUAUCAAAGUGGGCAAAAUACAGAAUUGACGAAGAUUUAGGAUUGUAUUGACAUUGAGAGUUUUACCUAUGACAG